CAACCUGUUGCUAGGUAACCAGAUCGCCAUCAACACCCCAACACUUCAUCCUGAGCUUCUGAUCUCAGCUUCCAGCCAUCUUCCCCCAAUCUCUUGGACACCCACUUUUUGUGGGACCCUGAAAAACAGGAACCCAGUCACCACUCUGAGCCCCCUGUGGCUCCAUUAUCCGCUGUUUCACAGUAAAGAGCAACUGUCCGGCCGUCAGGUCACCGCCACUAUGAGUCUGGGCAUCAUGGAAGAGGAAGAUCUUGCCGAGUACUUCCGGCUUCAGUAUGGGGAGCGGCUUCUGCAACUGCUGCAGAAGUUCCCCAAUAUUGAAGAUCAGGCGGAGUCCCCAUGCAUCCAGUUACUGGAGAAGAAAAAGGAGGCCAAGAUCAUGCACCAUGCUAUGGAACAUAAAAAGGAGACAUUUCAGCACAGAAUGGAAACCCUGAACCUGCGCUGGGAGGAACUGGGCAUGAAGGAGGCCCAGCUGAAGGCCCAUAUCCAGAAGUUUGAGCAAUUCAUCCAGGAGAACGACCAGAAACGGAUCCGCGCCCUGAAGAAAGCCAACAAGGAGCGCGAACUCAAGAGGCAGCGCAUUCGAGAGCUGACCAAGGCCAAGCAGGAGAUGGCGGCCUUGCGGCUGGAGCACCAGCGGCUGAGCAGCAAGCUGCAGGACUACUCAAUCUUCAACAAGUACCUGGAGAAGGUGGUGGAGAACUCCGAGUUUGAAGAGAUCCACGAGGUGAUCACGCGCUACAAGACACUGGUGAGCAUGCACCAAGACCUCUUGCAGUCAGCGCAGGAAGGCCAGGAAAACAUUGAGCGUGCCAAGGCCCGGCUGGCGCGCUACAUGGAAGAGAAGGACGACGAGAUCCUGCAGCACAACAACGAGCUGGCCCGCCUGCAGAUGCGCUUUGAUCGUGCCCGCAGCGACGUCAUCAUCUGGGAAUCUCGCUGGGCACAUAUCCAGAACACUGCAGCCAAGAAGACUCUCUUGCUUGGCACCAUUAAGAUGGCGACACUGAACCUCUUCCAGAUCGUCAGCAAGCAAAUGAAGGAGACAACCUCAGUGUCUCUGGAGGACACACACAAACAGCUGGAUAUGAUCCAGCAGUUUAUCCAAGACCUGUCGGACAUCUGGGCAGAGGUAAAGAAGAAGGAACAGCAGCAAGUCCGGGUUUAAGGAGCACCGUGGUUCAAGAGUGUUCUGAGACAGAAUCUGAGAGAGAAUAAGUUCCUGGCAAGCUCGCAGCCUAGUCAGCCCAGUUGAGCCCUCUGCCUUUCUGCUGGUGCACAUCCUGCCCCUCAGCCUCAAUCCAUCCCAGCCAUGAAAACAUUAAAUUCUAUAAGAAGUU